AUAAAUAAGAACUUGAAAACUAGCUUUACGUAGUCAGUUCAUCCGCGACUGGUCGUCAGAUUGACAAGGCAAGACUUCUGACAAUAUUGUUUCAGUGAUCAGCUUUCAUAAAACAGAAAUAACUGAAGAUGUUUUCCCUGUGUAUUGCCGCCGUUGCUGUGUUGGUCUCUCUCAACCUUGUCCACGCUCAGGAGACGGGCACCUUUGUGCGUCUUCGAUCCCAAAAUGAACCCGAUUAUACUUGGGGACUCCAUUCUAACGGCGACGCAUACAUCAUGAAAGGAUUCAGUGGAAAUUUUUUCCGUAUUGUCCCAGGGUUAAGCGGACAACCAGACACCGUGUCCUUCAACUCAGUGGAUUACCCGAGCUCCUAUCUCCGUCACCACGGUUUCUUGGUGAGCCUCGAAAGUUCAAAGAACCCAAGGAAUGGUCAUAUGUUCGUGAAGGACGCCACGUUCUACCCUCGACCUGACAAAUUUCUUCAAGGAUACACGGCCUACGAGUCUGUGAACUACCCUGGGCACUUCAUCCGCCAUGCUGGCCACAGACUGGAGAUACGUAGAUACGACGGCUCUCUCCUGUUUAAGAGGGAUGCCAGUUUCAAAGUUGAGCCAAUUGAAUUGCUGGAAAAAUGUGACAGUUUAAUUCCUACUCGCCAUAUGGCAAGGGCAGAAACGUUUGGUGCACGUCCAAAUAAAAUACCAUAUUCGGUGAAAUUAUUUAUGGAAUAAAAUAGUGUAUUAAACAUUUUAUUGAAGAAUUA